CGUGAAGCUUGCCUCCCUCGGGCGUAUUGGGGGGAGUGUCUGCUGCUGUCCUAAGUCCCAGAGCACAGGGAGCCACAGUCUAAUCCUUAUUUGUAGAGUUGGGGCCCUUGACAGUUGGGAAAAUGGCGAUGACACUGUUGGAAGACUGGUGCAGGGGGAUGGAUGUGAACUCCCAGAGAGCCCUGCUGGUCUGGGGGAUCCCAGUGAACUGUGAUGAGGCUGAAAUCGAAGAGACCCUCCAGGCUGCGAUGCCCCAGGUGCCCUAUCGAGUACUUGGGAGAAUGUUUUGGAGGGAAGAGAAUGCAAAAGCAGCCUUGUUAGAGCUCACUGGCGCUGUCGAUUACGCCGCGAUCCCCAGGGAGAUGCCGGGUAAAGGAGGGGUCUGGAAAGUGGUCUUUAAACCCCCGACUUCCGAUGCUGAAUUUUUAGAAAGGCUGCACCUCUUCCUGGCGAGAGAGGGGUGGACCGUGCAAGAUGUUGCCCGCGUCCUUGGGUUUCAGAACCCUGCCCCGGCCCCAGGCCCAGAUAUGCCGGCAGAGAUGCUAAACUAUAUUUUGGAUAAUGUUAUUCAGCCUCUUGUUGAGUCCAUAUGGUACAAGAAGCUGACGCUGUUCUCUGGGAGGGACAUCCCGGGGCCGGGGGAGGAGACCUUUGAUCCCUGGCUGGAACACACUAAUGAGGUCAUAGAGGAGUGGCAGGUGUCUGAUGUAGAAAAGAGGCGGCGGUUGAUGGAGAGUCUUAGAGGCCCUGCCGCUGAUGUCAUCCGCAUCCUCAAGACUAACAACCCUGCAAUAACCACUGCUGAAUGCCUGAAGGCCCUUGAGCAGGUGUUUGGGAGCGUCGAGAGCUCUAGGGAUGCGCAGGUCAGAUUUCUGAACACUUACCAGAACCCGGGAGAAAAGUUAUCUGCAUAUGUCAUUCGACUGGAGCCUCUUCUGCAGAAGGUGGUGGAGAAGGGGGCUAUAGAUAAAGAUAACGUGAACCAGGCCCGCCUGGAGCAGGUUAUUGCCGGGGCCAACCACAGCGGGGCCAUCCGAAGGCAGCUGUGGCUGACGGGGGCUGCGGAAGGGCCUGCCCCUAACCUCUUCCAGUUGCUGGUGCAGAUCCGAGAGGAGGAGGCCAAGGAGGAGGAGGAGGAGGCUGAGGCCGCCCUCCUGCAGUUAGGCCUGGAGGGGCACUUCUGAGGCCCAGGAAACAGGCUGUACUGCAGAUCUAGAUCGCAGCUGCUUUCCUUGUCUCCAUGCUAUCUUACAGGUGUCUCUUAGUAGUGAAGACUUAGCCAUGUGCUGGGGGUGGGGGGGGGAAGGGGGUUUGAGAGCAGGGAGGCAGCAGGCCUGGGUAUUCAUGUAACAUUAGUACAACUGUGCAAAUGAGCACCCUGAGCUACUUACUAUAAGUGAGUCGUACCUAGCUGCAAUGCCAGGUAAAGACUUGUGCACCAGUGCUCAGUGCAAGCUGUCGUUGUGGCAAUCAUCAGUUGUAAAACAUGUGAAUUUGUGACACUUCCCAUUGAGGUAAUUAAGUGUGAAAUUGCAUGUUCUGAUGUUUAGCGCAGGACCUGGCAAACACAAAAAGUGUUCAGUAAAAAUAUGAGCCGUUAUUACUAAUAUCGUGAAUAGUUCUGUGUUUACAGUAAAUUGUUCCUAAUUUAUAUUAAUGGAAAGAAAUGUGACUUAAUUAGAUACUACUAGUUAUUCAACCAUACAAAGCAAAUUUCUUAUUUUUCAUCUUGAAACGUCUGGAUCAGUUUAAUUGACAAGUGUUCUGAGACUAUGGAAUGGGAUGUUAGGAAACAAUUCUAGAACUGCGUGAAUCAAUUUUUCUCUGUACAAGAUACAGAUAUAAACUGCAUGGGAAGGUUAUAAAGAACCAAUUACAGUAUCUAGUUCCCCACUUCAAGUCUGUCAUUGAAUAGUAGUUCUUGUUCAUGCUGAUUCUAAGUGUUCUAAAUUUCAAGUUAUCAAAAUACAUGUAUAUGAAUAAAAAUAUUUUAAAAAUUC